GCUUUGAGGUUGAAAAUGCCCUUUAUUCUCUGGAGAGCCCGUGUGACCCCAACCCUACCGAAGCAAGACCGUCCUGUGCGCGAGGGGACCCGGGUUGCUUCCAUUGAGACAGGUUUGGCCGCAGCAGCUGCAAAGCUGGCCCAACAGGAGCUGCAGAAGGCCCAAAAGAAGAAAUAUAUCAAGAAGAAGCCUCUGUUGAAGGAGGUAGAGCAGCCUCGCCCGCAAGAGUCCAAUCUCAGCGUGACAGCACCAGCCCCAACUUUGGCCACUACACCCCAGCUUCUCAUCUCCUCCUCACCCCUACCUCCUCCUGAGCCUAAACAAGAGGCCCUCUCAGGAAGUCUUGCUGACCACGAGUAUACAGCUCGUCCCAAUGCUUUUGGCAUGGCCCAGGCAAACCGCAGCACCACACCCAUGGCCCCCGGUGUCUUCUUGACCCAGCGGCGCCCUUCAGUUGGCUCCCAGAGCAAUCAAGCAGGACAAGGAAAGCGUCCCAAAAAGGGCCUGGCCACAGCAAAGCAGAGACUCGGCCGUAUCCUGAAAAUCCACAGAAAUGGCAAACUACUUCUGUGAACUCCCUUGUCUUCUGCCCCUCACCCCUUCACCCCCAUUGCCUUCUCCGUUGUCAACUCUCGGGGCACUCCUGGAUCCUGUCUGCCCCGGACAAGGUGCUGAGGCGCAUUGUCCUGCUUUCUUGGAACUGACCAAAGGCAGAGACUCCCCCACAGUCCCCUUUACUGACCUCCAACUCCCUUCCCCACUUCCACUAAAGUAUCCUGCCUUCCUUCUCCAUACCUCUGAGUCACAGAUAAAUGGGAGAAGUUUCCAGCUGACUAGAACCCUCUUUUCUGCUGCUCAAACCCAUUUUCUUUUCAUUAGCCUUGUCUCUCGUCUCUACCUAGAGCCAUAAGGCAGGAUGAGGAGAGGCAUGAGGAGACCCUGGGCCCUUCGGUAUUUCCUGGGUCAUGAAGUGGAAGGCCCAGUGCUCAGCACUUUCCACAAUUCCAGCCCUGUCUCCGGAAGGCUGCCCACCUCUGCCCAUUCUUUCUUCCCCUUCCUCCCCCCAAUCUAGUAGAUGUAUCCCAUUCAAGACUCGUUCCUGGGGGAAGGGUCUGGCCUUUGCCUUCUCUUGCCAAAUGCCACAUGAAAAUAAAGAGGAGAGCCGAGAGUCUCCGUACUGCCCCAUUAUGGGCCAUUUCCAGAAAGGCCAUGGGCUGACUUCACUCAUCUUUGGGGAGAGAUUCCUGUCACUUCUCAAGGUUGGGAGAGGACCGACGCCCAAGCCUUUGACCAUGACUUUGUAGCCCAUUGGAGGAAGCUGCUUUUGGCUAGAGGUGAAGCCCCCAUCCCAUGCUGAGCUCCAGGGAUUUGCCUGGAUUUUGAGGUCCUGCAGAACAUUAUCCACGUGGCUGGGGCUGGGUCCCAGCAGGUGAAAAACUAUCUCCUAAAAGCCUGAAAACACUUGCCACUGAAGCAGAUAACCUGGGCUCUACGGCCUGUUCCCUUCACCUGCACCACUGAGCACAGCCUGGACCUUCCGGGGAGGAUGUGGCAGGACUGCUCAGCCCUGGGUUAUCCAUCAGGAGUCUUCCUGCUUCUUUCCCCACCUGGUGUCUUGAUCUGAAGACCUCAGAACUCACAUCUUCGCUCCUGUGCCUCUGUACUCCCAGAUGUCAGGUUAGCGCUCAAGCAGAGUGCAGGUGGCCACUUAGGAGCUCAAGCCUAGGAGAAGAGGCACCCAUCUGUAAAGGAACAGAUCAUCUGAUCCUCCCCUCCCCCUCUUCCCUUUGUGUGUGUCUCUCUUGACCAGACAGUGCCCACCUUUCUCCCUCCCCUUCCCCCAACUCCCUCUCUCUCCACCAGUCCUGCCUCCGUGGUAACCUGGAUUGAAUGGAGAAUGUCCCCCUCCCUCCAUUUUGGCACUGCCCAAGUAGAGUGCAUCCUUACCCUCUAUCCCACUCCAACCUCACCCCAGUUUGCCCAUUGCUUCUGGGGAACUUAACAGCUACCAUGCAGGCCACAGGGAAUAUGUGAAACUUCCCUUGUCGUCUUUGUGUCUCCAGUUUGUCUUUUCUCCACAGUCCAGAUCUACUCUCCUUCCUUGGAAUCAGGGGUCCCUUAGCCCCAUUUGCUUUUUCUAUCUUGGGGACCCCAGGGGCCAAGCAGUCCUACAUCUAGUCACACCAAAGGCAAAAAGCCUGGCUACCUCCCCGCUAGCACGUGAAGUCCCCACUCCCCUCCUCUCUGUUUCUGCCUAGCUUUGCUUUUCUUGGGGUUUUCAAGGCAGCAGAGGGUACUGAGGGGAGGGAAAGGGGGCAGCUUGUGUCUCUGUAGGCUACUGCGUGACUAGGCCCUGACUGCUGUAACCAAGACCCGGACCCCAGCCUUUCUGCCCAUUAACAAGCCCCCCUUGAUCUUUCAAAGGCAGCUAAUUGCUAGCAAAUCCCCCAAGUUCCAGGCCUCUUUCCUCUCUGUUUCUUUGUUAGAAGUUUCUGUGGAGCUGAAACCCAACCUCCAUUUGACCGGGUUUCUGUUUAGUUUAGUUGGGCUCUCAGAGCUUCCUGUUUGUUGUUUUGUGUUUCAAAUGAAAAGCAAGUUUACCCUCAGAGUUAUGCUUUUCCAAAGAGGCUAGUUGUGCUUUUUUAAAAAAUGUUUCAGGUUCUAAGUGAAGUGAGUUGGGGAGGGGUUGGGAGUUGCAGUAACCAAGGUUUAGAACAUGGUGAGAGAGUUACCUCUGGUAUCCAAUACCCAGCACAGAGCUGGGGGUAGGAUAGGGGGCAGGGAGAGAGGAUUUCUAUUCACCUUUAAUAUAUUUUUACAAAAAAGCAAACAAUUUAAAAACAAGCCCACCGCUUCUGUACAUGUCUAAAUAUAUUUUUAGAAGUGGGUAGGAUUGUGAAUUUCUGAUGCAGGGCCUUUUUAUAAACAGGUUAGAAUAGCAUCAUACAUACUUGUUUUUUUCCCCUGUUUUUUUUUCUUAUGUCGUGUUACUAAUGUAAUUUAUAUUUUUUUUCUAGAUCCUCCCUUUCCUAUAGAGAUAAAAGUGAUUUAUCUUGGCAA